CUUUUUCCGAAAAGAAAAUGAAGUUUUAGUAGUAAGCUACGACUCACUUGCGGGUGAAAAAAGCAAACUGUAUCACUUUGCCAGUUCAUGAGCUGAAUCAUAGGUGUCGCAUGACUAAUUUUGGUUUUGCUGCAAAUCGCCAAUAGAUUUUGUUCUACCUAUUCCAACGCUGUUGCUGUUGCCGCGUUGAAAGAGGUAGAACAAAAUCCAUAGUGAAUACUUUUUGUUGCGUGUGUCCUAUCGCCGCGUACGGCUCAAGUAAAAGUUCGACAUCAUUCUGGCCAAUUCUCGUUAAUAUUCAUGAGAUGGAGAGAAUUUCUCCGCAGAUUGUAGGAAUAUUCAAUGGAUCAUCUAAGCCAAAAAGCGUGAAUGCAUUUUUGUUGAACAUUGUAUUACAACGAGGAAUACAAACAAAUAACCGCAAAAUUCAGGUAGCCUUGAGAUGGUUCAUUUGCGAUACACCAGCUCGAGCAAUGUUGAGAGGUGUUAUUGGGCAUAAUGCUUACGCAUCUUGUUUGAAAUAUACCACUGACGGUGAAUACUCCCAUGCAUUCGGUAAGAUGAUUUUCCUUGAGUUAGAUGCACCUUUGAGAAACGAUUUGGUGUUUCGUUCUAAGAUAGACGAAGGUCACCAUAAAACUACCAGUGUUCUUGAAGAUAUAGAUGGACUGGACAUGAUAAAGGAUUUUCCAAUUGGGGAUGCUCUUCAUUUAAUCGAUCUUGGCAUCAUGAAGAGCUUUUUAAUUGAAUGGAAGACAGGCACGCUGAACAACACUAAUGCCAAGUGGUCCGCAUUCCAAGCGCAACAAAUAAGUGAUUACAUGACAUCGUGCAAAAUGCCCGUGGAAAUUCGGUGACCCAUGUGCGGACUAGAACAUCUGGCACGAUGGAAAGGCACAGAAUAUAGAACGUUGCUUUUACAUGUAAGCAUAAUAGUUGUAAAUAAGUAUUUUGAUUCUAAAGAGAUAUAUGAAAUUUUUUAACAUUUCUAUUGUGCCAUCCAAAUUUGUUUGCGUCAAAAUCAAAUUGAUGCUGAUUAUCAUAUAGCUAGAGCUUUGCUAAAAGAAUUCCUCGGUGGAGUAAAAAUGUUGUAUGGAGUGCAAAUGUUCUGCAGCAACAUGCACAGUCUAUUUCAUUUGAUAGAUGAUGUGGAAAGAUUUGGACCAUUGGGCUCAUUUGAUGCAUACCCUUUCGAAUCUAAGCUUUAUAGUAUCAAAAGAUUGAUCACAACUGGUAAUCUACCACUUUCCCAAGUUGCUAAACGAAUCACUGAAAUGCAGCAAAACUUGCAUAAUAAGACACUCUUUGAUUCUGUAAUAGAAAACAAUGAACCUCUUCUAAAAAGAAGCUAGAUACAAAGGCAGCUCCAAGCGAAUUACUCAAUUACAUCUUGAAAAAAGCAGUUCGAUUUAUACGCAGCAUUAACAUUUUUUCAUUAAUACUAAUUCCAAAGCAGAUUGUUGGAUUCUUACAAAACAACACGAAGUAUUAAAGUUGACUUUUAUUUUGCACGAUACUGCAUCAGGAAAAAUUAUUCUAUAUGGUAAUUCUCUUCAAAAUCAGUUCGAUUACUUUACAAAACCCAUUAAAUCGUCAGCUCUCCAAAUUUACGCGUCAGAUUCAAGUUUGAGCAUUUCCAAAAUUGUAUCGUUAGAUUAAUUAUACUCGAAAAUGGUACUCGUAGAAACGAAAGGCAAAAAUCUACCAACUUAUGUAUUCCUACCGUUAAUUCAUACUUUAAAAUAAAACCGAU